ACACGCCAAAACACUGAAUGUGAUUUCCAGAAGAUGGCGACCGCUCUGGUGGUGUCAACUUCAGUUCCUUCAAACCCCGAAAAGGAAAAAUGCGAAACAACCAUUCAGAAGGUUGUGAGUCCUGAUGCGUACAUGAAACACCCUUUGCAAAACAAGUGGGCUCUUUGGUUUUUCAAGAAUGACAAAAGCAAAACAUGGCAAGCCAACCUUCGUCUCAUCUCCAAAUUUGACACUGUGGAAGACUUUUGGGCAUUAUAUAAUCACAUUCAGCUAUCAAGUAACUUGAUGUCUGGCUGUGACUAUUCACUCUUUAAGGAUGGGAUUGAGCCCAUGUGGGAGGAUGAGAAGAACCGACGAGGUGGCCGCUGGCUGAUAACUCUCUCCAAGCAGCAACGAAAAUCAGAUCUUGACCGGUUCUGGUUGGAGACGCUGUUGUGUCUUGUGGGUGAAGCGUUUGAUGACUACAGCGACGAUGUUUGCGGAGCCGUCAUCAAUGUCCGAGCCAAAGGAGAUAAAAUAGCCAUUUGGACCACAGAGUAUGAAAACAAAGAUGCCAUCACACACAUAGGGCGUGUGUAUAAAGAGAGGUUAGGUGUCCCACCAAAAGUGAUCAUUGGCUACCAGUCACACGCAGACACAGCCACAAAGAGCGGCUCCACAACCAAGAACAAAUUUGUUGCCUGAGGACCUGAGGAUUCAUCAACCAAGAAUAUUUUUCCUUUGUCUGUCAGCAUAGAUUUUCUGUUAUGUUUCCAUGAAUGUAACGGUCAAGUUUAACCACCAAAAAAAACCAAACAUUUGAAAUGGAGAUAAAAUAACUUCUUUCAUAUUUGCCUGUUGGUUGACACUUUACCAAAGCUUUUGUUUAUGGUGACAGUAUGUGCAGUCAGAAAUGUAGCACUUAUAGCACUUGUUUGGUUUAAACUUUGAUUUUUGUGGUCAUGGGCUGAAGAUGCAAGUUUUAAUUUUGUAAUGCAGCUGGAGAAAUUUAAUUUAUCUAGCCCUUUAGUAUAAACCGAUCAUUUUUGUUCAAGUUCUUAACAUUGAAAGCACCAAUUAAAGUAAAAGGUUUUUAGUUUGGUAUGAAGUGUAGAUAUUAGUACUGUACGUGUCACCCAGUUUGCAGGAUCAAUAUACAGAUUUACUGAAGGUUUUGAUGCAGUCAAUAUUUUAACCAUACAUUUGAAUUUUACCUACAUCUUCUGGAAAUUAGCAGAAAUUUAGCACAGUGAGAGGAACUUUGGUUCACCUUGUUUUCAUAGUCAGACAAUGCAUUAACAUCUUUGUGCAGUUGUCAUACAAUUUUGGGAAGUUGGACAUCUUUAAAAGUCGCUUUAUCGGCAAUGUUGAUAGGUUUGAGUUUAAACUGUCCAGUUUCUUUUCAGGCAGCUUGGGCAAUAUGAAAACUGUCAAAAUUGAGAUUUUCAUUAACAUCUCAAAUUUGGAUGCUUGUGGUGUUUCACGAUGAGUGUCUGAUAUUCUGAAGGUCAAAUCUUAGCCACUAUAACCUUGAGCUAUACUGUUUACAGUAAAAUGGACCAACAAGCAAAGUUAAUCCUAUGUCAUACUUAGAUUUUCCAUGUGAGAAAAUACAUGCUAUAAAUGCCAGCUGUUAAUACCUGAGGUAUCUGAGUGUCAUUGAGGGUUUUAAGUUGCAGACCGCACAAAGAUCUCACAAGGAAAGAUAGUUCUACCACAGUAUGUCUUAAAUGAAUUUUCCAAAUAUACAUACCUAACAGUAUUUCUUUUUUUUUUUUUCUUGUGCAAGAGCCAUAUUUUUGUGUUCAGUUUGAAAGUUUACUUUUUUGGGUAUGAGUUUACAUGAUCUGCUGCUUUAGAUGAAGUUUACAUAGCAUAACUAUUUCCAUUCCAGACUUUGUUUUCUAUGUGAUAAAAGCAGAACAAAUAUUGUUUGGAGGGACUGAACUGUGCCUUUUAUGUAAAACCCUGCCCCAUAUUUCUGAGUUUCUGAAAUGUACAAAGAAGCAAUGUAAAUAAACUUGUACAGUGAAGUACUUUCUCUCAAAAAAGA